GCCGUCCAGCCAAGCAUAGUCUCGCAACCUGGGGCACAAUGACCACCAAGUACCUGGUGCUAGUUCUGUUGAUAAGUGCGACGUUUGCCGACGAUGCGGUGAAAAGUGAUCGCAGUGACUUCAAGAAGUCCCUGUCGAGGGACUGCGACAAGGCCUACUCCCCCACGUGCCUCAAGCUGGACAUCGUCUCCUGGGUGGACAAGCUGAACGAGGAGGACGACUACAGCGUGCUGCCCGGGGUGUCGGUGGUGCGGGAGGCGGCCACCGCCCGCGCCAACACGGCCGACAUCGUCGCCGAGCUGGCCCGCGACUUCCCCAACGACCCCGACGCGCGGCUGGACGCCUUCCUCAUGAAGAAGAUCUCCGGGUACCUGAACUCGCACUCGGUGCGGCUGAACCUCUGGAAGAGCGACAACGACGUGCAGGCCAGGGGCGGCGGCGGCGGAGGAGGCGGCGGCGGCGGCGGAAAGAAGGGCGGCGGCGGCUUGGAGUACAUCCUGGCGGCGGGCGCCAUGAUGAAGGGGACGUUGAUGGCUUUGGCUUUCGGGGGCUUGGCGGCGGUGGCGGGGAAGGCGCUCAUGACGGGACUCAUCUCCCUGCUCCUGUCGGCCAUCAUCGGGCUGAAGAGCUUGACCCAUCACGGGCACAAGUCCACCACCUACGAGGUCAUCUCCAAGCCCAUCUACACCCAUUCCAACACGCACUCGGUGUCGCAUGAGGACCAUGGACACUAUGGACACUCUUCCUAUGGAAGAAGCUUCGAUAUGCCACUACCUCUAGGACUGCAGGACGAGUACAAGCCCCCUCAAUGACCGGGAGGAUAAGCGAAUUGUUUUCCGUUCUGUUUUUAUUUAUUCUAUUUAAUUAUUUAUUUCUGUUGUCCUUUUUUUAAUAAAUUAUUUGUUUUA